ACCAAUAUGCUAAACACCCACCAACAGCUGGCCAGGACCACAUCGGAGAGACCAGGGCAGGACACACAGCUUCAGGCUCCAGGGACGGGCUCAGGGCUGCUCAGGCUGCUGUCGAGCAUCCCCCCGGCAGAUCAGGGGAGCCUGGGGAGUGGUGACAGUGUGCUCAUUCAGGGCCAGCAGCAGGGGUUGCAGAGCACAGGCUGGACGGAAAAGAAGGACCGCAGGCCCAGGAGUCGGAAGAAGAAAGGCCAUGGCUCCGCCGAGGCUGUGGAUCUCUUGCCUGCUCCUCGGAAGCCCUCCUUCCCCUUCCAGUGGGCCUGGGAGAGCUUUGCCACAGAUGGCCGGGCUCUGCUUCGGCCGAGCUCCUCUUCGGCCCCUGGCCACCAGGCCCUGCCCUUGCCCGCAGCGGUCUCCCAGCUCAAGUCCAGGUGCAAGUCCACAGCCAACCUCCCAGAGGCCCACGGCUCCUGUGGGAAGACAGAGGUGCAAAGCCUGGAGAGGAGACAGCAGCUUGCGGGCGGCAUCCCCAGCUCUCCUGGUAAAGAGGAGAACCAAGGGCUACAGCCGUCCAGUGGGUGUGACCUCCGGCUGCCUGGGGAGCGGUCAGGGUCAGCAUCUGAGUCCGAGGACGCUGCUGAGCCAGAAGGCCCGGGUGCUGAGGAGGAUGAGGGUCUGAGCCCUGGGGAACGGCCCCAGCUCCCUAGCACAGGGUCGAUCUUGGAGGAGGAGAGGUUCUCAGAAGUGGCAGAGGAGGCCAAAGAGGGGGAGCAUGCGGCCCCCCAAAGAAAGAGGGCCAGUUCUCGGAAAAAGGGGCAGGAUUCUGUAGAGCAGGCCUCGGAUGAGGGGGAGCUCCGGCAAGGGAGUGGCUCCAGCUCCAACAAUCUCCGAGAGCCACAGAGGAGGCCAUCGAGGACCAGGGAGCUGGAGGGGCCAUGGGACCUGGAGAAGUCACACAGGCAGUUGCAGCAAGACUUGGGCUGUGGUCUCCAAAAGCAGCCCUGGAAGGUUUCGCAGGCUGCUGUUCAGGCUUCCAGCCGGAAUGGGAAGGCCAAUGCCUUGGCGGAUGAUGAAAGUUUCCCAUUUGCCAACUUCCCUAAUCGCACCUUCCAAAAACGACAGGAGGCCACCAGAAGCCUGCUGCAGGCCUGGGCACGGCAGCAGCAGGAGGAGCAGCAGCAGGCCGAGCUGCGGCGGGCCCGGGAGCAGCAGGUCCAGCAGCAGGUGGCCCGCUGCCUGGCUGCCUACACGCCCCGAGGAAGCCGGGGGCCCGGGGCUGCGCAGCGCAAGCUGGAGGAACUGAGGCGCCAGGAGCGUCAGCGCUUUGCCGAGUACCAGGCGGAGUUGCAGGGCAUCCAGCACAGGGUGCAGGCCCGGCCCUUCCUGUUCCAGCAGGCCAUGCAGGCCAAUGCCAGGCUCACUGUGACCCGGCGCUUCUCCCAGGUGCUGUCUGCACUAGGACUGGAUGAGGAGCAGCUGCUGGCCAAGGCAGGAAAGAAGGACACAGAAGGCACAUCCAGGAGACCCAGGAGCCACAAGUCAGUGAGAGCAAAAAUGGAGCAUUCUUCUCAGAGCCCCCCAAGGACGGAACACAACGACAGCCAGGCUGACAGUCUCUCCACCCCCAGUCUGGACCAGGAGUUCAGUCCUCAAGUUAAAAAUUAA